AACACCUAUAGUUGCCCCAUAUCUCCCCAUAGAGCCCUUGGUGAGCUCAUGGCCCUGUGACCCCCAUCGUGUGCUGGUUGCCCACGUCCCAUCCGAGCGUCGCAUCGUUUCCUUUGGGUCGGGUUAUGGGGUAAUUCACUGCUGGGUAAGAAGUGCUUCGCCUGAGAAUCGCAUCCAGGAUGGCCAGCAACAGGGAUGGCUGGGCAGAGCAUAUGCUGAUCUUAGGGGUGACGUCCCCCAGUGGGGAGAAGCGUUACAUGGCGGCCGCGUUCCCCAGCGCGUGCGGUAAAACCAACCUGGCCAUGAUGAGCCCCAACCUGCCGGGAUGGAGCAUCCACUGCGUGGGGGACGACAUCGCAUGGAUGAAGUUUGAUGAUGAAGGUCGCCUCCGUGCCAUCAACCCGGAACGUGGUUUCUUUGGGGUGGCCCCGGGGACAUCGUCUCGUACCAACCCCAACGCCAUGGCCACCAUCAGCCGUAACACCAUCUUCACCAACGUGGGGCUGCGCAGCGACGGGGGCGUCUAUUGGGACGGCCUGGAUGAACCCACCCAGCCUGGGGUCACCUACACGUCCUGGUUGGGGAAACCUUGGAAACACGGUGACCCCGAGGCCUGCGCUCACCCCAACUCCCGUUUCUGUGCCCCGGCCCAGCAGUGCCCCAUCAUGGACCCGCACUGGGACGACCCGGAAGGAGUUCCCAUCGACGCCAUCAUCUUCGGGGGCAGGAGGCCACGAGGGGUCCCGUUGGUUGUUGAGGCCUUUGGGUGGCGCCAUGGAGUUUUCCUGGGCAGCGCAAUGAAGAGCGAAGCCACCGCGGCCGCCGAGCACAAGGGUGGCCGCCUGAUGCACGACCCCUUCGCCAUGCGUCCCUUCUUCGGCUACAACGCGGGCCGUUACUUGGCCCAUUGGCUUUCAAUGGGGGAAAGAAGUGGGGCCAGGCUCCCCCGUAUCUUCCACGUUAAUUGGUUCCUCCGUGAUAACGAAGGUGGCUUCGUUUGGCCGGGAUUCGGUCACAACGCUCGUGUCUUAGCUUGGAUCUAUGGGAGGAUCCAAGGGAAGGACACGGCCCGCCCCACACCUAUAGGGCUGGUGCCUAAAGAGGGUGAGUUGGAUCUCAAUGGGUUGAAGGGGGUGGAUUAUGGGCAGUUGUUCCCUAUGGAGAAGGAGUUUUGGGUGGAGGAAUGUAAGGAAUUAAGGGAUUAUUAUGGGGAGAAUUUUGGG